GAUGACCGGUGAUAGUUCCAUUCCCAAGUAAUAGAAAAGGUAAAUACCUAGAUGACUCCUUUCACACGAUUUUAUUUUAUUUUUGUAAUUUUAAUUAUAGGCUAUUCGAAAUUUACUAGCCUAAUUAAUCUAAAUUCUUACCGUGUAGAGCUUAUUAUAGAGAAAAUGUUCCUGUCAGGAAUUUUUUGAUUUCCCUUAGACCUCUCUGAUUAAAGGUGAAAUAAUCUCAUUCCAAUUUAAACAAUAUUUUAUGCGGUUUCUAGGCCAAAGUAAUUUCCAUGAGGAUUCUUAAUUAGCUGAGUCCUCCAUAUUCGAUGGUCAAACUAAUUCCAAGAGAAAUAAUAUAAAUAGGCCGUGUGUCACUGAUCUAGAACUAUACAAUCUUAUAACCUCCAGAAACAAGAAAACUUGGUUCCUUUUUGCUUCAGAAAAAAAAAAUCAUUUUGAGCAAUGGAAUCUGAUUCAUCCUCUGAUCUUACUCACCUUAAUGAAGAAUUGCCAAAGAAAAUUGAAGAGAACAAAGAAGAUGAUCAACCAGACAUAAUAAGUCUCAGGUUAUUGGACAAAGAAGAUGAUCAACCAGACAUAAUAAGUCUCAGGUUAUUGGACCUGACAGAUGUCGAUGAUUUUAUGGAAUGGUUUGGAGAUGACAACGUUAGCAGGUUCUGUUCUUGGGACACUUUUAAAUCCAAAGAAGAUGCCAUGAAUUAUGUUAUUGAUGUUGCCAUACCACAUCCAUGGUUCAGAGCAAUUUGCCUAAAUGGCAAGCCAGUUGGUUCUAUUUCUAUAUCACCAUUUCAUGGAACUGAUAAGUGCAGGGGUGAACUUGGAUAUGUGUUAGCAUCAAAGUAUUGGGGCAAAGGGAUAGCCACGAAGGCGGUGAAGAUGGCGGCGUCCGCCAUCUUUGUAGAGUGGCCUCACUUGGAGAGGCUCGAAGCUGUGGUGGAUGUUGAUAAUCCAGGAUCACAAAGGGUGUUGGAAAAGUCUGGUUUUACAAAGGAAGGUGUAUUGAGGAAGUAUUAUCUUCUGAAAGGGAAACCAAAAGAUAUUGUUAUGUUUAGCCUUUUAUCCACUGAUCAACAAGUUACCUACUUUAUGUAAGUAACUAGUAAGUUAAUAAAUCUUUAAUUAAAUUGUACUUUUCAGUCCCACAAAGAAGUCAUCAGAAUCAGAAAAUAAUUUGAAUAGCCUGAGAAGUAUUCUUGAGAGUCCAAUUUUAGAAGUGGUUCUUUCUAUGAUCUCCUCUGUUAUCGGAUUUGUAAGUUAUAGUAGUAGAGUGAGUUUUUGAUGCCACAUUAGUGAUUUGAACUGGCCACCUAAAGCAAAAUUUUCAGCCACCUUUGCGGCUUCGCUGAAGGAUACUACUAUUAGUUUCCCUUAUAUCAAAGGAAUACAACAAUUUAUGUAAAUCAAAAAUUUUGCUGGAGAAAAUUCAAUUGUCCACUAUCAAUGCUUUUCUUG